UCUCUUACAAAAUACAUAUACUAACAGAUUCUCAACCAAAUUAGCACGCUAUGGAUCAGUCUGGCUCUGACGAAAUGUAUGUCAUCGUCCACGAUGACCAAUCCGAGGAAAAGCUGGAGCAAGAGCCGCCAGUCGAUGCCGAGCUGCCUAUGUGCAGCCUCAAUUGUACCAAGAGCAAGAAGCGUUUUGAAGUCAAGAAAUGGAAUGCAGUGGCUUUGUGGGCCUGGGACAUUGCUGUCGACAACUGCGCCAUUUGUCGCAAUCCCAUCAUGGACAUGUGCAUCGAAUGCCAGGCCAAUCCGAAUCUCAGCUCUUUCGAGGAAUGCACCGUGGCCUGGGGCGUGUGCAACCAUGCCUUCCAUUUCCAUUGCAUUUCGCAUUGGCUAAGAGCGCGUCAGGUGUGCCCCCUAGAUAAUCUUGAAUGGGAAUUUCAAAAGCUGGGGCGCUAGUCUCUCAAGUACUCGUACAUACAAGUAGUUGGGCUGGAAAUGAAUACCGAAAAGAAAUAAUGAAGAAAAAUAAAUAAAGCCAAAGAAAAUAUGAUGCGCUGUCUCAA